AUGGAUGCCAGCAAGAGACCGCAUAUGGUGAUUGGCAUUGAUUUGGGCAUGACCUGCACAGGAGUGUCUUACUGCAAUCUGUCUAUCGGCAACGAAACCGUCCGUUGGGUUCAGAAAUGGCCCGGUCGCUUUCAGGCCAACGAAAACAAAGUACCCACUGUGAUCGUCUAUCCUACCGGCAGUCGUGAGCCUUCGUCAUGGGGCUUUCUCAGCGAGACUAAAGCGGAAACCGGUGCUCAAGACAAGGAGUACAAGGAGUGGUUCAAAACUUACUUAGAUCCCGGAACUUUACGGGAGAGGCAGCUGGAAGAUCCCGAAGGCGCGCCUGAAAGCUUGAAAGAGGUGCAGCAAUGGUAUGGCGAUUAUCUACGAAAACUUUACGAGUACCUAGCUAUCAAGCUGGGUGGUGAGCUUUCGGGAGUAGGAUGGAAAGACGCCAAUAUCGAAUUCAGUUUCAGUGUCCCGACGACAUGGGCGCCUGUUCCCACUGUGGAGAAUUUCAAGAGAAUCGUGAAGGAGGCGGGGUUCGGCUGCUACCCAGAGCAUACUGUCACUGUCGGCCUCACAGAGGCUGAGGCUGCGGCGGUUCACGUAUCUACUGAAGCACCAGGUAUAUUCCGUGAGAACGACAUCCUCCUUGUAUGCGAUGCUGGAGGCGGGACCACUGAUUUGAGCGUGCUGAGAGUGACGGGGACUGUGUCUCGAGCAGUCAGUCUUCAGCAGCUGGACGUCGUGUUUGGCGAGACCAUCGGAUCAGCAGCCAUAGACUACGAGUUCGAGAAACUAGUCACACACCGCUUGACAAUGGCGCACACCACUGCACCCCUGCCCGUUGAUCCCGCCGAUGCAGCAUGGGAAAUGAUGAAGAGCCGAGAUUUCCAAGCCGUCAAGUGCGAAUAUGGCUCUCCAGACGAUACACCGCUCUUCUCCAUCUCUAUACCACACGUGCCACACACAUAUAACAACACAAAUCCCAAAAUACGGAUCCGGAACGGGGAAAUGACAUUCGACCGCAUGGACCUGCAACACCUCUUCGACAGGCAAAUCGCAAAGCUGUUCAGGCUGAUCGACUCACAGCUAGAGAGCUUGUACCAAAAGUUCCCCGACGAGCAGGUAGCACAUCUCAUCCUCAGCGGCGGCCUGGGAAACAGUGCAUACGUGCAGUCUCAGCUGCGGAUGCAUUACGCGCAGACUGACAUUCCUAACGCACGCUCAAUCGCCGUACGCAUAGCGCCUGACCCCCAACUCGCCGUCUGCAAAGGCCUUGUUUCAGACCGCGUCCGCAAGCUUCUCACCUCUCGCUCUGUCCUGGGCUGGCGCUGUUGUCGCGCGUCGUACGGCACGAUAUGCAAGAUCAUGUACGACAAACAAAACCCAGAACAUCGAGGACUUCAAGCCGUACGCGAUCCUCUGAAUGGGAGAUUGUACCUUACCCACGCCAUAGCUUGGUUUGUCAAGAAGGGGGAGCCAGUCAGCAUCGACAGUCCGAUCGUGCAUCGCUUCGUCAAGAACAUCGACCACGGCGACCCAAGGCGGGCGUUCCCAACAAGUGUGAUAGAGAGCGAUCUAGACGCAAACGAGCUACCGGACCAAAUGAACCGAAGUACACGCAUACUCUGCGAGAUAAGCUCCGACCUCUCCACCGCCGACGAGCGGCGCUUCGUCGAAAAGAACAAACACUUCUGGUCGCUGAAAAAACACUACUUCCGCAUUGAAUACGCUAUUCGCGUCCUCAUCGGCCCGGCAGAUAUCCGCUUCGAGCUGUGGUUCAACGACCAGAAACUCAGCCGCGAUCAGUCUAUCAGGGUGGAUUGGGCGCCAGUCCAGCCGCCAGGCAAAACACCUGAUGUGGACCGUAAGCUGGAUUUGAGGACUUAUGGGCGAGUCGAGUUGCCGGACACGCUGCCUGCGCAUACGAGCGGUGCAACGAAUGGUGGUGAAGGGGGUGGGAAGAUGGAGAGGACUGGGACAUCGAUCAUGAGUCAGGAGGUCAAUACGGAUAAUGAGAGGGGAAGGAAGAGAGGUAUGGGCGGGAUCUUGGGUAGGUCACGGGAAGGCAAAUGGUCUUUUUGAAUAGUAAUGAUUCGCUGCACUAUACACUGGUCUCCGUCAUGGAGGAUUUAUAACUUCCCCCC